CAAGCCCGCUACGUUGGCACCGGCAGCGCGGACACCAGCAAGCACGAGUUCGCCUCUAACAUGUACCGAGAGAUACUGAACUCGUUUGUCGGAUACCCUUCUCAGGUGCAUUACGCAGCCGUUGGACUCGGCCAGACCCGAGAGCAAACUCGCGUGCAGCUCCUGGGCCGCAUGUUUUGA